CGGCCAUGUCGGAGGUGACCCGGAGUCUGCUGCAGCGCUGGGGCGCCAGUUUUAGGAGAGGCGCCGACUUCGACUCUUGGGGCCAGCUGGUGGAAGCGAUAGACGAGUAUCAGAUAUUAGCAAGACAUCUACAAAAAGAGGCCCAAGCUCAACACAACAAUUCUGAAUUCACAGAAGAACAAAAGAGAACAAUAGGCAAAAUUGCAACAUGCUUGGAAUUACGAAGUGCUGCUUUACAGUCCACACAGUCGCAAGAAGAAUUUAAACUGGAGGACCUGAAGAAGCUAGAGCCAAUCCUAAAGAAUAUUCUUACAUAUAAUAAAGAAUUCCCAUUUGACGUUCAGCCUGUCCCCUUAAGAAGAAUUUUAGCCCCUGGUGAAGAAGAGAAUUUGGAAUUUGAAGAAGAUGAAGAAGAGGGUGGUGCUGGAGCAGGGUCUCCUGACUCCUUUCCUGCUAGAGUUCCCGGUACUUUAUUGCCACGGCUGCCGUCAGAACCAGGAAUGACGCUGCUCACUAUCAGAAUUGAGAAAAUCGGCCUGAAAGAUGCCGGGCAGUGCAUUGAUCCCUAUAUCACAGUUAGUGUAAAGGACCUGAACGGCAUAGAUUUAACUCCUGUGCAAGAUACUCCUGUGGCUUCAAGAAAAGAAGAUACGUAUGUUCAUUUUAAUGUGGACAUUGAACUCCAGAAGCAUGUUGAAAAAUUAACCAAAGGUGCAGCUAUCUUCUUUGAAUUCAAACACUACAAGCCUAAAAAGAGAUUUACCAGCACCAAGUGUUUCGCUUUCAUGGAGAUGGAUGAAAUCAAACCGGGGCCCAUAGUAAUAGAACUAUACAAGAAACCCACUGACUUUAAAAGAAAGAAAUUGCAAUUAUUGACCAAGAAACCACUUUAUCUUCAUCUACACCAGACGUUGCACAAGGAAUGCCCCUGACGGGAGCCGCCCGGAACUGCUGUGAGUUUCCCACGCCCUAGAAACCGUCCCAGCUCCGUGUAGCACAGCCACCCGUCAGCAGGCAGGAAGCAAGCCGCGCCCACGGCAGCAGGCCAGAGCGCCCCCGCAGCGCCGCCGCUCGGGGUUCCGCGGCCCGCGCGGCCCUGGCGUGGGAGGCUCCUUUGGACGCAGGCUUAUUGUAGGUUUGGGAACAUGUUUUUACUUUCCUAUUGAUCGUGCAGUUGAUAGUCUCUUUCCUGACUGACCGCUGCACCUGCCCUGCUUCCUGGAACACUACGGUCGUGGGUGGGAUGUGCUCGUCUUCAGACUUAACUACAGCAAUAAGAAUGUACUAGAGUUUACACAUCGGAUCACUUCUGCUCCACUGUGCUCUUUGGUUUUGUGAGUUCAUGUCAAACUUUGGGCCGAUGUAGGGUAUUAUGAAACUGCUCUGAGAGUGUGUGGACCAAUUCAUUAUGCUGUCCAAGAAGGAAAUUUCCAGGCUGCUCCUCAGAGAUGGCCCAAUUUCACCCCGAUUUCAUCCUUUUCCUGCUUCGAGCGUGCCUUGGCCAGAUCAGUACCCACAUGGGAGCGUUCCCAGGUUGUAGCUGUGAUUUUUCCAGUUGACCAGAUUGUGUUUAUGAGAGUGAGCUUAUUUUUAGUUGUGUUGAUUCACUGUUCUUCUACAUCACAUUGCUAUUCUUUCCAGUAGUGAUUCUACUGUUAACGUGGAACCAUCUCAGAAUAAUUACACUUUUUUUUUAGAUGGGUUAUGUCUUUUAAAUCAUGUAAUGUAAAAGUAAUUUGAGUCAGAUGCUAAUGAGAUACUGCAGGAAUAACUGCUGUUUUUCGGACAACUGAUUAUGAACCCUGAAAACCGGCCUGCCUGUUCUCUGAGCGAUGAGUGUGCAACGUCGGGAGAUCCUCUAUUUUUUUUUACAUAGGUAGAUAGGACCACCAUUUAUUUCCUAUUUAGAUAUGUCAACAUGCAUCCAUAUGGAAAUGUGCAGGUCAUUAGCUUAUUAUAAUUUGACUAUUUACAUUACUUUUGACUUAAUGAUGGGGCAUAAGGAAAACUUUCACAGGACACACGAGGCGGCCCUUCGAUACACAGAACAUGAAGCCCUGGGUGGGCUGUCUGUGGGUCAGGUGCAGACCCCACGUUCUUACCGGUCACUGCUUUCAAUGACCGGUGCUAGCGUGAGGGGAAUGCGGUGCCAGGACUCAGCCUGCCUUUAAACCGGUGUAAUAACCCGUCAUACUGCCCACUGUUUUUGCUUUUUAAACUCGGUGACCACAGUUAAGGCCCUCGCAUUUCAAGAGAUCUAGUCUUCCCUUUCACUUGUCUGUUAGGUCCAUCCUCUCGACUAAGAUGGAUGUCAAGAACUCCAUGAGCCCGAAAGAAUUCUCAACCUGAGUUAGGCUUGAGUAGAUUAAUUCCAAAGCAAUCCGUAGCGGGAGGGGAUGAGGAACUGCCUUAAAUCACUUCGUCGUUCACUUAGCUCAGGCUGUGAGUUGUCACCCAACUGGAAGCUCUUCGAGGGGCGAGGACCACAUUUCCUCUGUGUCACGUAAAGUCUCCGAGGUACCUGGCUACACUCUGUACCCUGUGGAGUACUCAGUACCUUUUGUUUGAUGUUGCUGACAAGACCUAAAAAGUUUUAUUCCUCAAAAAACCUACCAUUAAAAUGUAGCAAAACUGAUACAUUGUUCUUUCUCUUUUCUCUUGGACCAAGACAUGUAUAUUAAAGUGGUAAUUUAUCUGAAGCAUCCGCUGUUGUUCACAUAAGUAUGGUUUAUAUGAACUACACAUGCCUUUCACCAGUAUUAAAGCUUAAACUGAACAACACUGUGUGAGUAGCUCAGCUUUAAUUCAGACCUGAAUGAAAUGACAAA